UAUGACGUAUUAAAAUGAUUACAGUAAUCAACUCCGCAUGCUACCUCGCCCGGCUCCAUGCGGUGUGGUCUACGUCAUCACUUCCUGUGUACACAAAGACCGCGCGCCUAUUUUAAUUUGAUCCAACUGUCGACAUCAAAAAUGCCCGAUAAAAACUCUUUGGAAAGAAUUGUAAGUCGGUUUAAAACGACAGAGAUUUGUCCAGCAUUAGAAAGAUGGGGUCAUUUAACGCAAGAUGAUAUCAAUGAGGUUAAGACUGCAGGAACGAAACAGCAGAUGAUCCUAGAAGUUUGUGAUCGAUGUGUGGAAAGAGAAGUUGAUGAGGAAGCAACUGCUGAGUUAGAUAUAAUGUAUGUACAUCUUCACUCAAAGACGAAAACCUGGAGUGUGUAUGAGCUGAUUGACCCCAAAGAAGAAAAACCAAUUAGUGUGAAUCCUGCAGUAAUACAGUGGAAGUUGGACAAGAAGUUGGGACAGCAUUUUGAUGCAGUUGUGUGUACGAAGGUUCUGGACAAAGCUGUGUGGAUCAGAUUGUCUCUGGGACAUGGCGUGAUGGGCCGUGGCAGUCAGAUCAGAUUCACCAAUGAUGUUGUCUAUAUUGUACAUUAUCCUCGCACUAGCUUCUUCAUCGCCACUCCCAUCAAAGCUUCGUUUAAGAACAGAGUUACUGAGACAAUUGUCUCUAUACUGGGCUACUUCUCCUCCAAAGAGAUGCAACUGAAGGGCCAUUGUCUGAGCUCCCUGGCUGAUAUUGCACUUAAUAAAAACUCACAGGGUGGGAAAAACUUACCUGGAGACCACACUAAUCCACUGACCAGCAGCAGAAGACAGAAAAGAAAAGAAAAAGAUGAGGAAUUAGGUGAAGGUGUCACACGAGAGGAUGAUCCAAAGAGACAGAGAAGAAUGGGUGUGUUAGAGAAUACAUUUGGUCCAUAUGUCCAGCCUACAUUGGAAAAGAUUGAAUUCAAGCUGGAGACUCAGUUUCGAGGGUUUGGACUUACACGUGAACAGUCUAGAUCAGGGAACGUUUCAAGACUUGAGAGAUUUUUCCCUGUGCUGGAGCGGGCAUACAAUAGAAAGGAUGGACCAGAAGUGUUUCGUUGCCAUGUGAAGUUUGAAGGCAAGAGUGUCCUGGAGGGGUUGAGGAACCUUGGGGACAGGGGACUGGCUUCUGUGCCUCUCCCCAAACAUUUGACUUGUGUCCCAUCACGAGCCAAGAAUUACUUUAUCUUAGGGGAUAAGGCAAGACAUCCCCGUCCCCAACGCAGCCCAGCCCCGCCAUAGUCACUGUGCUUGACCACAGGACAAAGUCUCUAUUUAUUGUUAUUCUGAUUUGUUUAUACAGGAAACACAUUUCCAGUUGUAUACUUUUAGCCAUCAGCAUUUUAACCUUUGCUGCACAUAUUUUAAGAAUCAGAUAUUGAGCAGUUCGCUGUUCAGCAUUCAGUGGACAGGCCGUUUAGAUGUUUCGAUUUUUACGUGUACAUGAAUUUUUUGACAGUUUGUUUUAGUAGAAAAAGAAUGAAAUGUGCUGUUAACUUGCUUACUGUCCUAUAGGUUAUGGUUCUGUGAAAACAAAAUGUCCAAUGAAGUGAAAUCAUGUCAGUAGUGUGAGUUUUUAGUUUGGACAAAAUGUCUUUUUUAUCAGAUCUUAUCUUUUUUUCUGUAUUUUGAAUUUUUAACUUGAAAAACAGUAUGGUAUUUUAAAUUGAAAGAUAAGGCCAUUUUAAGUAACAGUAAAUAAUUUUAAAAACUUUUAAAUAUUAAUUUGGUGGAAAAGUUCAGCCACUUCUGAAACACAUGUAUAUUUAACUUCAAAGAUAUGUAAGACAGGAUUUUUAUGUCAUCACUCAUAUUUUACUCAUGUAUCAUCCAUGUUGACAUUGGUUGACAAGUUUUAAAGAUGCAGUUACAUGUACUGUCACACAUGCAUUCAUCCAUACUAUCCAGAGUUUUUGUGUACAUCGGCCUAUUUGUUAUGGUGCUGUUUGCAGUUUAUAAGUAAAAGAAAAUUUGUU